GCCAAGGUCCCAAAUAUUGGCGCGCAAUAAACCCUUCUGCAAAAUCACUAGGGUUUUAGCACACUUCAAUCCGACAAAGUUCCCGAUAUCUUCGUCCCCAACACAGCUGAACUUCUUCAGCUUCUAUGCAUGAAACUUCACACGCUUAACCCUCAAACCUCAUUUGUACAAUCCAAUCCCAUGGCCUUUUCAACUGGCAUUCGUCUAUUACGCUGUUACCACCACCACUUCACUUUCACUGCAAUACCAUCCCGCGUCUCGGGGCUCCGAAAAGCCUCGUCGGAGCUCCGGUUUCUUUCAUCAGUGACUCCGCCGAGGAAGCAAGUCCGACCGGUAAGUGCCCGCCGGAAAGUCACUGAGGAAGAGGUUGGAGAUGAAGGUAAUGGAAGUGUUAUUCUCAGAGAUAGAGACGGAAAUGAGGGCGGAGGAGGAGGAGGAGGAGGAGGGGAGAGAAUUGUACAUACCGAGCUUCACAAGGAGGCUACUGAGGCAUACAUGUCUUAUGCAAUGUCAGUGCUGCUGGGUCGCGCUUUGCCUGAUGUUAGGGAUGGGUUGAAGCCAGUGCACAGGCGAAUACUAUACGCAAUGCAUGAGUUGGGGCUUUCUUCCAAGAAACCAUAUAAAAAAUGUGCAAGAGUUGUUGGAGAGGUGCUUGGUAAGUUUCAUCCUCACGGAGACAAUGCAGUCUAUGAUUCCUUGGUCCGAAUGGCCCAGGAUUUUUCCUUGCGGUCUCCGCUCAUUCGAGGGCAUGGAAACUUUGGUUCAAUUGAUGCAGAUCCUCCUGCGGCCAUGCGGUACACUGAAUGCCGUCUGGAAGCACUCACUGAGGCCAUGCUAUUAGCAGACCUGGAGCAGAAUACAGUAGAUUUUGUCCCAAAUUUCGACAACUCUCAGAAAGAACCGUCGCUACUUCCUGCUCGUAUUCCGAACUUGUUGUUAAAUGGUGCUUCUGGGAUUGCGGUUGGCAUGGCUACCAAUAUUCCCCCCCAUAAUCUUGGGGAGCUCGUGGAUGCGCUAUCUGCACUGAUUCAUAAUCCAGAAGCCACGCUGCAAGAACUGUUGGAGUACAUGCCUGGUCCUGACUUCCCAACUGGCGGAAUAAUUAUGGGCAACAUUGGAAUUUUGGAGGCAUAUAGGACUGGAAGAGGACGAGUAGUAAUUCGAGGGAAGACUGAUAUUGAAUUACUCGACGCCAAGACAAAACGUGCUGCAAUAAUUAUCCAAGAGAUUCCUUAUCAAACAAACAAAGCGUCCCUUGUUGAGAAAAUUGCUGAUCUUGUGGAAAAUAAGACUUUGGAAGGAGUAAGUGAUAUCCGUGAUGAGAGUGAUCGAUCAGGAAUGCGUGUAGUCAUUGAGCUUAAAAGAGGGUCUGAUCCAGCCAUCGUGUUGAAUAAUCUUUACCGUCUUACUGCUCUGCAAUCCAGUUUUAGUUGCAACAUGGUCGGUAUUCUCAAUGGUCAACCGAAGCUGAUGGGGUUAAAGGAAUUGCUCCAGGCAUUUUUGGAUUUUAGAUGCUCUGUUGUUGAAAGGCGGGCUAAGUAUAAACUUUCACAAGCACAAGAAAGAAGCCAUAUUGUUGAGGGUAUUAUAAUUGGACUUGAUAACUUGGAUGAGGUCAUCAAUACAAUCAGAAAAGCAUCAAGCCAUGCGCUCGCAACUGCCAAUUUGAGAAAAGAAUUUGAAUUGACUGAAAAACAAGCUGAAGCUAUAUUAGAUAUAAGCCUGAGAAGGCUUACAGCACUCGAGAGAAAUAAAUUUGUUGAUGAGGGGAAAUCUUUGAGAGCGCAAAUUUCCAAGUUAGAGGAACUUUUGUCUAGUAAGAAGCAAAUACUCCAGUUGAUUGAAGAAGAAGCACUUGAAAUAAAGGACAAGUAUUUCACUCCGAGGCGUUCACAGUUAGAGGAUACAGACAGCGGUAAUCUUGAAGAUAUAGACGUGAUUCCGAAUGAAGAAAUGCUACUGGCAAUUAGUGAGAAGGGCUAUGUUAAACGGAUGAAACCUGACACAUUUAAUCUACAAAAUCGCGGGACAAUUGGCAAAUCAGUUGGUAAAUUAAGAGUAAAUGAUGCCAUGUCUGAUUUCCUUGUUUGCCGGGCCCAUGACAAAGUUCUCUAUUUUAGUGAUAAAGGUACCGUGUACUCUUCUCCAGCUUACAAGAUUCCUGAAUGCAGCCGAACUGCAGCCGGCACUCCUUUAAUUCAGAUAUUGUCCUUGUCUGAUGGCGAGAGAAUAACUUCAAUUAUUCCUGUGAGCGAAUUUGCGGGAGAUCAGUAUCUUGUGAUGCUUACUGUGAAUGGAUAUAUCAAAAAAGUAUCAUUGAACUAUUUUGCCUCUAUUAGGUCUACAGGAAUAAUUGCGAUUCAAUUGGUCCCAGGUGAUGAAUUAAAAUGGGUGAAAUGUUGCUCAAAUAAUGAUUUUGUUGCAAUGGCUUCACUAAAUGGAAUGGUGAUUUUAACGCCUUGUGCAAAUAUAAGAGCUCUUGGUAGAAAUACUAGAGGCUCUGUUGCCAUGAGACUAAAAGAUGGGGAUAAAGUGGCUAGCAUGGACAUUAUACCAGAUGCUUUGCAGAAGGAACUGGACAUGACCUUGGCAGUUCAUCAAAGAAAUAGAAGGAGCAUGAAUGGCCCAUGGCUGCUGUUUGUGUCAGAAAGCGGUUAUGGGAAACGAGUUCCAGUUAGCAGAUUCCGCGCAUCACCUUUGAAUAGAGUCGGUUUAAUUGGUUACAAGUUUUCAUCUGAAGAUCGCCUGGCAGCAGUAUUCGUAGUUGGAUUCUCCUUUGGAGAAGAUGGUGAGAGUGACGAGCAAGUUGUUCUUGUGAGCCAGAGUGGAACGGUGAAUCGCAUAAAAGUUCGGGACAUAUCUAUCCAGUCCCGGUAUGCGAGAGGAGUAAUUUUGAUGCGUCUUGAGCAUGCUGGGAAAAUUCAGUCAGCCUCGAUGAUCUCAGCAGCAGAUGCCGAUUCAGAUUCAGAUCCUGAAGUGGAAGAUGCAGCAGCAGUAGAAGCAUAGUGUCCCUACAUUUGACCUAUAUAACGUGCAGGUUAUUUGCAGCGUGAGUAGCUGUAGGAUGAUGGGUUUUGUACAGCUGAUGAUGUAAUCUUGUAGAUACACUUCUGUACUUCUCUAAAUAUCCCUCUUUGAUGGUUGCUGGGGAGAUCUAUCAGUUUUUACCCGAUAGGGAGGAUCUAAUCUGUGUCAAUUGUUCUAGUC